GCCAAGUUCCCACUGUUCGCCCGCGUGACAGCGCCGGACACACAAACCAACCCUGUUCGCCUGCUGCUGCUGCAGACCUUCGGGUGGCGGCGGGUGGCCACCAUCCACCAGUCCUACGAUCUUUUCGCCGCCACGACGGAGAACCUGGUUCGCCUACUGCAAGAAGCCAACAUCACCAUCAUCAGGUCCGAAAUUUUUAUGGAUGACCCCACACCGCACGUGAAAAGUCUGAAGGACAAUGACUGUCGGAUUAUCGUGGGAGCAUUUUACCAGGACAAAGCCCGCAAAGUGUUCUGCGAGGCGUACAAGGUGGGGUUGUACGGGUCCCGGGUGGUGUGGCUGCUGCCCGGGUGGUAUGACGCCGGGUGGUGGUUGAUGGCGGAUCCAGCAGUCGACUGCAGCCCCGGGCAACUGAUAGAGGCCGUGGAGGGUCACUUUGAUACCGGCAUCCUGUCCAUCAACCCCCGCUCUGAACGCGCCAUCUCAGGCUGGCUGCCCUCGGAGUUCACGGCCGCUUAUAAGGCUGCGGCGGGUGGUCGCCAUUUGCCCGGUGACACGAUCGUCUCACAAGGCUACGACGCCGUCUGGGCCCUGGCUCUGGCACUCAACCGGACACAGGAACAGUUGACAGGUAGCAGCAAGGGUCUGGAAGACUUCACCUACGAGAACAGCGAGAUGGCCCGGAUGUUGUACAACAACCUGCUGCAAGUCUCCUUCACUGGCGUUAGGGGACCCAUCACCUUCGACGCCAACGGUGACCCAGUGGGUCUGGUCAGUGUGGGCCGUGUACAAGGAGGGGAGAAGCAGACGGUGUGUGUGUACAACCCCACGAGGCCCACAGGUCAGCGGCUGGAAUGGUCCACAGACACGCCAUUGCUGUGGGAAGGUGGGUUACCACCCCGUGACUCUACAAUGACACGAACGGAGUACGUCACUCUGUCCUUGCCUCUGUACGUCACGACGUGUGUCCUGGCCGCCCUCGGUGUCCUUCUCACCUGCGCUUUCCUCGCCUUUAACAUCGUUCUCAGGAAUGCCAGACUCGUUAAGAUGUCGUCUCCUCGCCUCAACAACGUGAUCCUGCUGGGGUGCGUGUGCACCUACUCCUCCGUCUUCGUGCAAGAUGCAGGAGGGGAACAUGGAGUCCUGGCUUGUGAGAUCAAGACGGCGCUGCUGGCGGUGGGCGUGUCCCUGGCCUUCGCCUCACUCUUCGCCAAGACUUGGCGAGUGUACGUCAUCUUCACCAGCACCAAGGUGCAAAGGCGGGUGAUGCAUGACGGUCAUCUGCUGGCCAUCGUCGCCGCUCUCGUCUUCAUCAACCUCCUCGUGCUGCUCUCCUGGUGGAUCCUUGACCCCCGCACGCUACAGGUCACCAGGACAACCACGGUGGAGGAGAGUGAAGCGGGCGGCGUGGUGUUGGUGAUGGUGCAACGCUGUGAGCUGACCUGCCGGUCGGACCGCGAACUCUACUUCCUGGGUACAUUGUACGGCCUGCAUGCACUCGUGCUGUUGCUGGGCACGUUCCUGGCUUGGGAGACUCGUAAGGCUGCAUGUGAUGACGUCAGAGCCGUGCAUGUUGACCAGGUGCACUACCCCGAGCUGAAUGACUCCAAGUUCAUCGGCCUGUGCAUCUACAACGUGGCGCUCCUCUCCAUCCUGGCAGUGGUCGUGACCUUGACAGUGGACUCGUCCUUGAACCUGCGCCACCUCCUGAACUCUACGCUCGUGCUGCUGGGCACCACAGUCACCCAGUGCCUCAUCUUUGUGCCGAAAGUAAUGACUUACCGUCACAACCGAGUGGACGAUGACAACAAGACUACAGUGCACACCAUAGCAGCCAGAGAGGUCACGGCCAAAAGUUUCGACUGCAGCAACAUGAGCGGACAAGCUGCCCACCACACUCGCUCAACUCGUGACCUGCAGCUUUUGGCUCCUCCAUCUCAGACAGACUCGUCCAUCGGGUCCUAGUCCCGCCAAGCGCUUGACUCAAACCCAAACGGACAAGGACUUCAAGUCCAGGGCCAACCGUGUGUGACGGCUAGCGUGUACGUCACGGCGCCAGACGUGUCCUGGUGGUACGAUGACGCAAUGCCGGUGUAGAAACGUCACAAGUAUUUGAAGUGCACGUGAUUUUCAUGGCACUUCCUGCGGCCCAUCGCUCUGUGGGAGAGACUGACAUGUGGAAAGCCUCCCUUCCUUAUCCGUCCGCCCAGUUUUCUCUCCCGUAAUUGUUAUUACCCGUCACGUGAUCUGUGCAGUUGUCUGACUAGUCUCAAACUACACAAGCAGCAAAUCGGUUUCAUUAGUGUGGCUAUAUUAAUCUACAUGUAUUUACAUCCUGGAAGUUAAUAGCCUUAUUUGACCAAGCUGUUGAAAGAGUAGGUCAAGUAGAGGAGAUGGGCACCGCCCUUACGUACUAUGAUUGUAGUGAGAAGUCUUCAGGCAGCUGUGUAUCAUAUGAGAUAUGCUCAGGCAGCUGUACAUGAUUGUGAGGUAUGUUUAGGCAGCUGUUCACGAUAGUUGUAGUGAAAUGUCUUCAGGCAGUUGUGUGUGGUGACUGCUAUGAUAAGUGUUCAGACAGCUAUGUACAAUACUCGUGCUUUGUAUCUGUAGUUUCAGUAUCUAACCACCCGUUGUGCUGUCCCGUCCUGGGGUGUACCUGAAGCAGCUUUGGGUCAGUGUCUUUCAUCCUCGCCUUUAACUAGUGUCUUUGACUAGAGAUGCGGUAGUUUAUGAUCCAUGCACAGUGUUACUCUCUAUAACAUCCACAUAACCACUAGACAAGCUUCAAAUGGCACAGAAAACAAAACUGUCGUUCGUAUUGUCUGCCGUAAGCAAAAGACAGUUACACCUUGAUGUUGCUUGUGAUUUUGUUUCUUGUAUGGCUGACUGUCGGUUUGUAGUCUUUCGUGCAUUGAGUUUAUCUCCACCCGUGGAAUGCGCUCUACGUGUUAUUACUGAGAAAGAUUCUAGUCUUUCUGUUGAUCUCAGUGCAGCUCUUCAAGAUUUUUUUUCAAUUAUUUUUAUUGUUUCGUGACAUCAUCAUAGUACUUCUGACUAUUGUAAAUAUUCCCCAUUCCCUACAAUAUACUCAGCAAUCUGGCAACAACUCAUUGGUUCACAUAAUAUUUUUCAAUACCGAGAAAAUAAAGCACCGAAGUCUGUAAACAGACCAGUCACUAUGUAUUCGUGCUGUUAAGUUCAAACUUGGGUAUUUCUUCUUUUUGCCGGCGGCGGUGCAAACACACAUAGCCAGACAUGAAGAAGUUGAUGAACAAAUCCUCAGGACCUGUUCACCUCAUGCAAUCAACCCCAUUGAAGAUUAAUUUAGUUUUUUUCCAUGUGGUAACUUUAAGCGAGACAUAUCUUUCACAAUAUAUAAAACAUACAAAACAGUCUUGCUAGCUGUCGGCGAGUCCACAAGCCAAAGACCAUUUAAUGAAAGGGGAAGUAUGUACCAGUCGGUCAGUCAUUUGUCCCUUGACAGGUACCUGUCGUUGGUGGAGCUGACAGGACCAGCCAUGUUUUGGGCGAUAGUCAGCAGGUCCUGUACAGAAAACCAGAACAGAUUUUAACGUUCCUCUGGCCACCACGACGUCGACCAUCCUCCAAAGACCAGCUUCCGUCGCUUGAUUGUUGCAAGUAGAGGCUCCUGAUGUCCUACGAGUGUGGCAACCGUGCUUUCUAGGUUUUAUAAUCUCUGUACGUGGACUUUGAACGUGCAGAACCCGAGAAAAAAAAUUGCACAAAAAGAGCAGCAGUAACAACUGUCACUAAGUUGAUGUGCUUGUGUAUGUGAGAGUGGAUUGCGGUUUUCACGGGAAUUAAAGUACCGAUGGUACAAGACUCCUUUUAAAUAAGCGAUAUUGUCGUAUUAAAUCAGACAUCAGCUUCUUGAUAUCUUUAGAAGUGGAAUGUUACUGAAAACUGGUAUGCUUAGUUAAAUGGCAGAUCAUUUAAAUGUACCAUAUAUAUAUACCAUACUUGCAAUAAUACCAUGCCUAAAAAAAAGACAAAAAGAGUGAUUUUUGCAUUUACUUGGUAUACAAAAUGUAUAGGCAACCCAGCACAUAGCCCUCAUAAAAAGUACACAACAGAUUUGGCAAACUUAAU